CUCUCUCUCCCCCGACUAUUCACUUACACGCUUCCUACACACAAAAAAGCUGAGCGUGAGCAAGCGAGUCACUUCAGAAAUUCAGAGAGAGAGAGAGAGAGAGAAAGAUGGCCAAGCGUUUGAAGCUCCGUAUCGCCCGAGCCUUCCAGUCCUGCCGCUCCAAGGACGCUUCCUCCCUCCCCUCCGAUCCCGUCCCUUCCUUCCUCCGCCUCCCCCCUGUCAGCCCCGCCGCCGUCGACCUCUCCUCCCCCCGCAAGCCCCACCACCGCUCCUUCCUCAACCGCCACGUGCCCCCCGCACUCAUGCCCUACGGCUGCGGCUGCAGAUCACGACCCCGCCUCUCCGACGACGACCGCCGCCGCUCCGGGUCGCAGCCGCCCCGGUUCCACUGGAAACAAGAGGAGGGCUUCCACGUGGUGGCCACGGCGCGUGACGAGCGCGCCCCUCGCAGGAAAAUCUACGCCUCCUCCGCCUCCGGGGGCUCCGACGUCGACGACGACGACGGUGGAGCCGACGUUGUGUUGGCUUUGAGCCCCGUGGCGGAGAAAAAGAAACGACGCGUGAAGAAUAAGAAGAAGAAAACGGCGAUCAGGCUCCGCGGUCGUCUCAGCACUUCCUCGAUGGACAGCGGACUCUUCAGCAGCGAAGAUCGCGGCGGCGGCGGCGACGAGGAGGAGGACGAAGAGACGGAGACUCUAGUCUCCUCCUCCAGAAGCCUCUCCACCACCGAUUCCUCGUCCGACCACCUCUUCAAUCCCCAGCUGGAGACCAUCCGCGAGGCGCCGAGACGGAGCAGGAGGAGGAGAAAGAAGACGGCGAAGGCGAAGAAGGCGAGGAAGUCGGUGGAUGCCGAGGCGGAGGCGGAGGCGGCGAGGCUGUCGGUGUUCAGGAGGAUGAUGCCGUGCGGGGUGAUGGAAGGGAAGGUGAGGGAGAGCUUCGCGGUGGUGAAGAGGACGGAGGACCCGCGCGGGGACUUCAAGCGGUCGAUGGUUGAGAUGAUCGUGGAGAAGCAGAUGUUCGCGGAGGAGGACCUCCAGCAGCUCCUCCGCUGCCUCCUCUCGCUCAACUCGAGGGACCACCACGGCGUCAUCGUGGACGCUUUCUCCGAGAUCUGGGACGCCCUGUUCGGCCGGAGAUCGUCGGCGGGCGGACGUUGACGACGACGAAGACCGAUGACCUAGCUAUUCCAACUCUUAUGAAUUUCUAUUCAUUAGCUUCUCUCUCUCUCUCUUUCGCUUUCUUCUUUUCACUGUUCUGUUUAGUUUUCCAGCCAGUUCACUACCAUUUACGUUGCAGAUCUUCUUCUCUCUCUCUCUCUCUCUCUCUCUCUCUGAUACUAGUUCAUGACUUGAUGCAUGGCGAUUCUUGCGCCUGCUUCGCUGCAAGCUAAGAAAGAUUUACAUGUUCGACCA